AUGAUCUCAGAUCCUGUCACGACCUCAGAUCCUAUGAUGACCUCAGAUACUGCAACAUCCUCGGAUCCGGCGACGACCUCAGAUGCCGCAACAACCACAGAUCCUGCAACAACCUCAGAUCCUGCAACGACCUCAGAUCCUGCAACGACCUCAGAUCCUGUAACGACCUCAGAUCCUGCAACAGCUUUAGACCUUUCGACAACCUCGGAUCGCGUAACGACAUCGGAUCCUGCGACGACCUCGGAUUCCGAAACAAUCUCGGAUCCUGCGACGACCCUAGAUCCUGCAACAUCCUCUAUAUAA